UGUAACACGGUAACAACCCCACGCGCACAUUAGCACCAUCCACUUUUUUCUCUUGCUCUUUCUACUUUAAUAUUUUUUUUCCUCUCGCACAUGGAAUGGAACGGUUUCGAAAUCUUCGCUUGGAUUUCCUCGUCUUCAGUAGGAAUGCUGACACUGACUUUUAAACAGUAAGAGAGUACACAUCUCCGGUCCAGGCGCAUUUUAGCAUCUACCACCUCUGAUCUUUUCUUUUUGUCUCGCUGUUAGAAUUCAAUUCAGAUUGUCUUCUACCUCUGCAUUUCACCUCAGCUGCAAAAUACUCUCUUGCGGGAUUUGGAGAAGGUUUCUACAAUUUUGCUAUGCGGGGGCGUCACGUCGACCAAACCUCCACGUACAAGCGUGGGACGUCAAGGGAACAUGUCAGUGCUUAUGACAGAGAUGAAAGUCCAGGACGUUUUUUGAAUGGCAAAGAUUUUGGAAACCCUUCAUGGAAACGUUCUUUUCCACAUAUGCUUGUGGCGACCAUUUCUUCAUUCUUGUUUGGCUACCAUCUUGGAGUGGUUAAUGAGACCCUAGAAAGCAUUUCGAUGGACCUUGGCUUUAGCGGGAGUACCUUGGCUGAAGGUCUUGUGGUGAGCACAUGUUUAGGGGCUGCUUUUGUUGGUUCGCUAUUUAGCGGCUGGAUUACAGAUGGAGUUGGACGUCGAAGAGCAUUCCAGUUAUGUGCGUUGCCUAUGGUAAUUGGCGCAUCACUGAGUGCAACAACCAGAGAUCUGUGGGGUAUGCUACUAGGGAGGUUAUUGGUUGGAAUUGGAAUGGGCAUUGGCCCACCUGUAACUGCUCUCUAUGUAGCGGAGAUUUCACCAGCCUCUGUGAGGGGUACUUUUGGGAGCUCUACACAAAUUGCUACGUGUCUUGGACUUAUGGCGGCUCUUUUUAUUGGACUUCCAUCCAAGGAAAUAGUGGGUUGGUGGCGGGUUUGUUUUUGGGUGUCUGCUAUUCCUGGUGCAAUGCUUGCUUUUUUCAUGGAAUUCUGUGCAGAGAGUCCUCAUUGGCUUUUUAAGAGAGGAAGAAGUGCUGAAGCUGAAAUUGAAUUUGAGAGACUUUUAGGAGGAGCACAUGUAAAAUCUGCAAUGUCAGAAUUGACAAAGUCCGACAGAGGUGAUGAAUCAGAUACAGUGAAGUUCUCAGAGCUUCUCUAUGGCCGCAAUUUUAAAGUGGUUUUCAUUGGCUCUGCCCUUUUUGCUUUACAACAGCUAUCUGGCAUAAAUGCUGUGUUCUAUUUCUCUUCAACCGUCUUUAAAAGCUUUGGGGUGCCUUCAGAUCUUGCAAACAUAUGUGUAGGAAUUGCAAAUUUAUUGGGUUCAGUUAUGGCGAUGAUCUUGAUGGACAAACUUGGAAGAAAGGUGCUUCUUCUUUGGAGUUUUUCUGGCAUGGUAGUGUCAAUGGGUCUUCAAGCAAUUGCUGCAAGCUCUUUUGCAACAGGAUCUGGAGCAUUGUAUCUAUCUGUUGGUGGCAUGCUUCUGUUUGUGUUGACGUUUGCUCUGGGUGCUGGUCCUGUCCCUGGUCUUCUCCUAUCAGAAAUACUUCCUGGCAGGAUUAGGGCUAAGGCAAUGGCAGUUUGCAUGGCUGUGCACUGGGUGAUAAAUUUCUUUGUUGGUCUAUUCUUUUUGCCCUUGCUGGAGCAUAUUGGUGCACAAGUUCUGUAUACGAUCUUUGGGACCUUCUGUUUUAUAGCAGUGAUUUUUGUGAGGAAAAAUGUUGUGGAAACAAAAGGAAAAACACUCCAAGAAAUUGAAGUAGCACUUAUUCCAUCAGAAUAGAGGAACAUAUGGUGGAGAAGCUAGUUUUGUGAUUCUUAAAUUACGUUCUGUUCUACACAAACUGGUGUUCUAAGAUAAUUGUCUUCCCUCGAUGUUGCUAUAGCUAGAGAAUAUGGUAAAUAUACAUUCAACUGAGUUGCGGUGCUCACAGUGGGAGGCCUAUGUAUAUUCUUAGAGCAAUUUUUUUUCUUUUUUUGUCAUGGAAACUUGUGUGAGCACUUUGACGCUUUUCUCUUUUUGUAUUUAAAUAUUCAUGUCAAUUAAUACAUGACAGACCUGGAAUCUGAAGAUAACAUACAUUUCCAAACUAUA